AUGGCACCAGUUCGUCGGAUCGCUCAAAUCGUUCACUUGAAGCCCUCCGCUGUGGCAGCAUAUAAGGAAUGCCACGCUAAUGUUUGGCCCGAGGUCCUUCAACAAAUUAAGGACUGCAAUAUCAGAGACUACUCGAUCUUCUUUGACAAUGAUCGCACCCUAUUUGCAACAUUCAAAUACGUCGGUACCGACUUUGAGGGGGAUAUGGAGCUCAUGCGGGCCAACCCAAAGAUCAGGGAAUGGUGGGCUAUGACCGAUGGAAUGCAGGACAGUCCUAUCCCCGGCGCAGUGGGCAGUGCAGAUGGCCCUGGGUGGUGGAAGGUAUUGGACGAGGUAUUUUACACGGAGUAA